AGCUGCUGAGGACUGUGUGCUCCAGCCGUCGCCUCCAGCCGUCCACGCUCACAAUGAGCUCAGCUGCCGUCAAUGAAGCGCCGCCGGGGCACCUCCGCAGCUCGUCCACACCUCUCUGAAAGGUCACCGAGCCGAUCGCCAAUGACUCUGAACUUCCAAGCACUCUGAUCCAGUGAGGACAUGGACGUGUACACCCUCUGUGUAGGAAUACUAACAGCUCUGGCCCUGUGCAAACACUGCCUGGCGGAGUGGAAUUCCACCAGCGGGUCCGCCAAUCGCACUCUGGCCCACUGUCGUCACCACGGCAACGGAGACAAUUGCACAGACCAGCCGGGCGCCGAUUCGGGGAACACGCACUUCUCCGAAUGUCCCGAGGAGCUGAGGCACUACUGCGUCCACGGCGACUGCCGCUACGUGAAGGAGCAGGAGGCGCCGUCCUGCAGGUGCCAGAGCGGCUACGUCGGCUCCAGGUGUGAAUACGUGGACCUGGACUGGAGGAUCGGAGACAAGCGACAGAUCAUCAUCGCCUGCGUCAUCGCGGUGCUGGUCGUCCUCAUUCUACUCGUCGUGCUGAUCUGCGUCUGUUCACAUCGCAGGUGCAGACUGUGUCGCACCCGGGGGAGACGGAGGGACGGAGAACCCAGGAAUGGGACGGAGAAGGUCAGCAUGAUGGAUGCUGGAGCGGCACACGCCCUGAACCCGGACUCGUCGGAACCAGCGCACGCCGAUGCCGUCUGAGAGGACGGGUCCAAUGUGGAUCCAGGAGCCUGGGACCCGUUCAGGCACGAGGGGUUUCAGCCUCGCUGUGACGCCUGUUGGAAAAAGCAGGACUUUUCUGGAUUGGCAGCAUUUGCGACCGUAUGAACCGGCGCCCGAUGCAGGACCGCACCCUCCGUUCACUCCAUCGGAGCUCCGGAACGAGCCGCUGCCUUCUUAGGCUUAGAAUGAACACACGCUGGAGACGAGUGCGCAGCUGGUGCUGGCGAGGGCGCGUUCUUUCCAACGCUGUGGAGCAUCAGGCAUCCAGUCACCACGGGCCGCCGCCGCCGCCGCGCUAAUUAAAUUGUUGCUAUCUUGGAAAAAAAAGCUGUGACACCAACUGGCACCAGCUCGUGCUCCACCAUCUCUUCGGGGAACAAAGGUCACGGACAUAAAUGGAUAAAGUAGCUGCAACUACAGGAUGGUUGAGCUGUCGUUUAUGCUUUGUUUACCACAGAUCCAGCCUAUAGUGUGCACAAUACUGAGACAUGUGAUGACCUUACUGUGGCCCCGUGCACCGUAACGUCUCCCUGUGACACGACGCCCAACAUAGUUACGCAUCAACAUUAGCAAUGCAAGAGGAGCCCGGGCGGCGGGAGGGACAAGGAGAACUUGUGCUGGACGCUGCUUUGACCUGUGUAUUUGGAGCCCGGCGGACUCAGAACAGCUGAGGCUGUGUGUGGAGGCGCAGCUGAAGUGAAAGUGCCCCGUUGUACGGGACGCCUCCCAAACAGCCAGCUUUCCACUGGCUCCCUGUCUAUCUGCGCAUCUAAAUCUAGAUUGGAGAGGGUUGGAGUCACGGCCACGUUUACUGUAUGUCAAUAAAGGCACCCGCUGUGAA